AUGGAAGACGAUCCCGCUUACAAGGCUCUUCUCGGUCGCCUCGAGAAAGAGCAUCAAAUCACUAUCAGUGAAUUUCUCGGAAAAGGUUCAUAUUCUCAUGUCAUGAAAGGGCUGUGCAAUAAGAAAUCUAAUAUUGCUGUUAAAAUAAUAGAUACAAGGUCCUCGACAUUGAUCACUUCAGAAUAUUCAUCACAGAAUAUUGCGAUGGUGGAGAUUUACUGAUAAAAAUCAAAAAAAUGAAACGAAUUCCAGAACAGGAAGCAAGAGGCAUCUUUCGUCAACUCAUAGAGGCACUCAUAGUUCCCGAAGAUUGAGCUCAGUGUACAAGUGAGAACGCUGAUCUACGAGAUUUUACAUCCGUAUCCACCAUCUCGACCUACAUACAACGCAAUUUGUUCCAGUGAUUGGUUGAAGAACACACCAUACAUCUUCAAAGGGGUACUUAUUAAAUUUUUUUCCUUUUAA